GCGCAGGGCGGAUCUCCCACCGUCCGCAAACGCCUCACGCGAGCUGCAGCGGCUCGGGAGCCACAUCUGCAGCGUUGGCCGGAUUUUAUUCAACUAUUUUCCACGAAAUUCCGCGAGGAAUCCCGGAGCGACGACAGCGGAGCGUGCUGGUCGUUUCUGGCGGCCGCAGAGCCGCCGCUGCCGCCGCAAACCCCCGCAAACCUCCGCUGCUGCCGCCGGCCGUCCUCCCUGCGGAGCCGAGGAUGGAGCACUGACAGCCGGGGCGCUGCGAGGAAACCGCCGUGACUCAUCCGUCUGCCCUGGAACCCUGGACAGAGGAACCAUGUCCGUCCCUAACGUCUUGGCCAAGGCCUUGUACGACAACGUGGCCGAGUCUCCGGACGAGCUGUCCUUCCGCAAGGGCGACAUCAUGACGGUGUUGGAGCGGGACACGCAGGGUUUGGACGGAUGGUGGCUCUGCUCGCUCCACGGCCGCCAGGGCAUUGUCCCUGGCAACCGGCUGAAGAUCCUUGUGGGCAUGUACGACAGUAAGCAGCAGGCCACGGCAGACAUGACGCCUGCCUCCUGUCCCCCCUCCCAACUGCAGCGGCCCCUUCCCCCCCACAGCGCCUACGCCAAACCACCGCCCGCCAUGGCUACGUCUUCCGCGGGGUUUGUUACCAAACCCUUCCUUCCUGGUCAGUACUCCUCCAUGCACUCAGCCUACUCCACCCCCGGCCCUGGCCAGGCCAGCCCCGAGUCCAUAUACAUGAUGCCUCCUUCCCAUGGACCCAAAGCGAGCUCCCAGAGCCUGUACCAGGUUCCCUCGGGUCCAGGUGGGCCCUCUACGCAAGCCCCGCCGGGACCCCCCAGCAAGGCCCCGGCUCCGAGCCACAGACUGUUCCAGCAGGACAUCUACCAGGUGCCCCCCUCCGUCGGUCCCGGGCCGGGACAGGGGACCGCUUCCCCCAGCGGGACGGCAGCCAGCCAGGACGUGUACCAGGUGCCCCCCUCCUUGGAGAAGAGGAGCUGGGAGAGCGGCAACAAGCCCCUUGGCAAGGUGGUGGUUCCCACUCGCGUCGGGCAGGUGUACGUGUAUGACACCCUGAAGACGGACCAGGACGAGUACGACGUCCCCCCCCGGCACCCGCCCCCAGCCCAGCAGGACAUCUACGACGUGCCGCCCACCCGCCAGCAGUACAGCACACAGGUGUACGACACUCCUCCCAUGGUGGUGAAGGGGCCCUCUGGUGGUCAGGACAUAUACGACACUCCGGCAGGACUCGACAAGAACCAGCAGACGAUUUAUGACUUCCCUCCAUCGGUCAGUAAAGAUGUUCCUGACGCCCACCCCAUCAGAGAGGAGACCUAUGAUGUCCCCCCACACUUUGCCAAACUAAAACACCAAGUUCCCGUCACGUCGGGCCAGUUCCCACAGAACAUCAGCGAUGAGGACGACGAGCCGCCGAUCCCAGAGGACGUGUACGACGUCCCGCCACCGCUGGCCGACAAACAUUACAGAGACAGGGGGGCCAUCAGCCAGGCUCCCCUCGACAUCUACGACAUCCCGCCCGCCCUGCGGCCCGGGGGCGGACCCGCCCAGGACGUCUACGACUUCCCACGAGAGCGUGAGGAGAGAGGCGGAGACAGGGGGGACCAGUACGUCUACGACGUCCCACCACAGGUCGUCCGUGACGCCCAAUCAUCCGGCGAGGAGCUUACCAUAUCUUUCAAGCGCCUGUCGGCUUCCAGCACCGGGAGUACCCGCAGCAACCAUUCGUCCUCCUCGUUGGACCUGGUCCCGGUCAGGGACACCUCCUCGGCUCCGGCAAAGCCGCUCAUCCUGGACCUGGACCAGGCCAUGGAGCGCCUGUCCCGCCUGCAGCAGGCUGUGGAGUCCAGCGUGUCCCUCAUGAUGUCCUUCAUCACCGGGAACUGGAGGAGCUCCGCCCACCUGGAGGGAAACCUUCCCGCCAUCCACCAGGCCGCCGACCGGGUGCGUGCCACGGUGCGGGACUUCCUGGAGUUCGCCCGGGGCGCCGUGGCCAACGCAGCCCAGGCCACCGACCGCUCGCUGCAGAGCAAGCUGGGCCGCCAGGUGGGCAAGAUGGAGGAGGUCUUCCAGAGUCUGAUCCAGCACAGUCAGAGCCUGGACGGCGUGUCGUGGUCGCACGCGGCUCUCUCGAGUCCGCCGCCGGGCGGCGACGACUUAGAUCGACUCAUCAUGACGGCCAGAGGCAUCCCCGAUGACGCCAAGCAGCUCGCCUCUUUUCUCCACGGCAACGCUUCCCUGCUUUUUAAACGGACUGCCCGACAGCAGCAGCAGCAGCUGCCACUCCCACCAAUCCCAGGCGAGAUGGGGGGUCACAUGACCGGAUCAGGAAGUGGAAGUUACCAGGGAGGGGAGAGGGGGCACAUUCAGUCACGGCCGCUGCCGUCGCCACCAAAGUUCAGCUCGGCGGAGGAGGAAGGCGUGGACAGGCCGUACGAGACCACGGAGGAAGGCUGGAUGGAGGACUACGACUAUGUCCACCUGCAGGGGAAAGAAGAGUUUGAGAAGAAUCAGAAGCAGCUGCUGGAGAAAGGAAACAUCAUCAAACACAACAAGACACAACUGGAGCAACAGCAGUUAAAAAAGUUUGAGCAGCUGGAGCAGGAAGUGAGCCGGCCGAUCAACAACGACAUGACGGGCUGGGUGCCCCCCCCGCACCAGCCCCCGGCCAGCCAGCCGGUGAAGAACGGCCCCGGCGACGUCUCCUCCAAGCUGUGCCACGGCGACCGGCAGCUCCUCCUCUUCUACCAGGAACAGUGUGAGCAGAACAUCACCACGGUAACCAACGCCAUCGAUGCCUUCUUCACCUCCGUCAACUCCAACCAGCCGCCAAAGAUCUUCGUGGCGCACAGCAAGUUCGUCAUCCUCAGCGCGCAUAAACUGGUGUUCAUCGGCGACACGCUGUCGCGCCAGGCCAAGUGUCCCGAGGUGAGGGCCCGGGUGGCCCAGAGCAGCAACGCGCUGUGCGAAAAGCUCAAGGACAUCGUGGUCAGCACCAAGACGGCGGCUCUGCAGUACCCGUCCCCGGUGGCGGCCCGAGACAUGACGGAGCGGGUGAGGGAGCUGGCGGGCUGCACGCAGCACUUCCGGAUGGUUCUGGGCCAGCUCCUGGUCAUGUAGGGACGGUGGUAGACGCGCGGGGGGGUGGAGCCCUGGCAGCAGGCGGCGGGGGGCCUGGUGCAGCAGGAAUCCCUGCUCCUCCCCCGCUGGGAGGUGGGAGGGCCUCGGCAGGGCGACCCCGAAUCCUGGCGGUCUGGGACCCUAACCAGGACCGGGGGCCCCCCCCCCUUACCUGAUCCCGGCCAACCGGAACAGAUCUUCAGUGGGCGGGGCCAUGGCUGUAAAGUAAUCACUGUAAAUAUUUAAGUUACCUGUUCAGAAGUCGACUAUAUAAAUAAACCUAAGAGUUUUUUUUUGGAGCAUAACUGUAGUUUUUAGACAGAACCAGUAAUUGUUAUUAAUAUUCUGGCUCCGACCCGCUUAUAAUUACUGUUACGGGUCCAGACGUCUGAUCCAUGUUGUAGUAACUCCAACAGAACACACACACUGGAGCGCACACACACCCUGAAACGUCACCUGACCGCCCGGUAUUGCCAUAACGACAGCGGGGGUGACUCUGGAAGUGCAGGUAGACGUGCUGUCGGUGCCAAGUCAGGAGCUUUUUUUGGAAAACUGUAUCUAUGUUGUUUUGUAAAAGGCAUGUAUUCCAGACGAGUGUAAAAGUUUAACGACAGCAAAUGAAAUUAAAGCUGUUUCUUCUCUGA